AUGGAAAACUUCAUAACCACAACAAACAAUUCCAUCCAACAGUUACAAGCUCAAAACAAGCUCAAGGAAAAUCAAAUAAGUCAACUUGCUCAUCAAGUUGGCCAAUCUUCAAGGACUCCGAGUACCUUUUCGGGUCAAACAGAGCAAGCACAAAAGGGGCAUAUGAAUGCCGUGACUUUGAGGAGUGGAAAGCAGUUGGAAGUUCCUCCCGUAAGGGAGCCAUCAAAGGAGAUUAUUGAGGGAGUAGUCACAACUGAGAAGGCGGUUGAUGGUAGUAUGAUUGAGGAAGAGCCAAAGGCAUCGACUCCACCACCACCUGCUCCAUAUGUGCCACAAGUUCCUUUUCCACAAAGGUUGGCUCAAGCUAAGUUAGAGAAAAAGUAUGGAAAAUUCCUUGAUAUUCUGAAAAAGCUCCACAUCAACAUUCCAUUCUUAGAUGCAACAUCCGAGAUGCCAUCCUGUGCAAAAUUUUUAAAGGAUAUGCUCUCUAACAAGAAGAAGCUAGAGGAGAAUGCUACGGUUGCGUUGACUGCAGAGUGUAGUGCAAUUUUGCAAAAUACACUUCCAAAGAAAUUAGGCGAUCCGGGUAGCUACUCAAUUCCAGUGAAACUUGGAGACAUAGAGAUCAACAGAGCAUUAUGCGAUCUUGGUGCAAGUGUGAGUCUUAUGCCGCUCUCUAUCUGCAAGAAACUUCAAAUGGGUGAAGUAAAGCCUACACGUAUAUCUCUACAACUUGCGAAUAGGUCAGUCAAGUUUCCUUUGGGUGUACUUGAAGAUGUUCCACUACGCGUGGGAAAAUUCUUUAUUCCAUGUGACUUUGUUGUGAUGGAGAUGGAGGAGGAUGCACAUGUCCCUAUUCUUCUUGGUAGACCAUUCUUAGCCACUGUAGGUGCAAUCUUUGAUAUGAAGAAUGGAAAAAUCACUUUUGAAGUAGGUGACGAGAAAAUGGAGUAUUCACUCUUGAAUGCUAUGGGAACUCCUUUCAUGGGAGAGACUAUUUGUCAAGUGGACGUCCUUGAUGAUUUAGUCCUUGAUGAUUUACAACUUGAGCAACUUCCCUUGAUUAAAGCGGAUGAUGCACUUGAAACGGUGUUAACGGGAGUGCCAAUGAUGAAGAUUGGGAAACAAGGGAGUACACAAGGCUACUAG